AUGCUCUUCAACGGCGAAGGCGAGCAAUUCAACGUCGGCCAAUUCCUCGAGACAGUAUCCCCAUACGCAUGGGCAGACUUAGGCAUUGCUUUGUGUAUUGGACUAUCUGUCGUGGGCGCAGCUUGGGGCAUCUUCAUCACCGGUACUUCAAUCCUCGGCGGCGGCGUCAAAGCUCCACGGAUACGCACCAAGAACUUGAUCUCGAUUAUCUUUUGCGAAGUUGUCGCCAUCUACGGCGUCAUCAUGUCGAUUGUCUUUGCCUCCAAACUAUCCCUGGUGCCAGAGGAGAGGUUGUACACCGGCGCAAACUACUACACAGGGUACGCCCUCUUUUGGGCCGGUCUUACGGUGGGCAUGUGCAACCUCAUCUGCGGUGUCAGCGUUGGAAUCAAUGGAAGCAGUGCCGCGCUGGCUGAUGCUGCCGACCCAAGCCUUUUCGUCAAGGUGCUGGUCAUUGAAAUCUUCUCCAGCGUGUUGGGGCUUUUUGGACUUAUUAUCGGACUGUUGCUCAGCAGCAAGGCACUGGAAUUCGAUUGA